AGCGAACACUUGGUAAUACUGUCAGUCAUAACUUCUUGUACCGAAAUCAUGUUCUCCUAACUCCUAAUAUACUCUUUUACACUUUAGAGUUGAGCGCGGAGUGAUACAGAAGCACAGAACAUCGUGGUGAAGCGAAAAUAGGUAUUAUCGUGGCGGAAUUACCGAAUAGCCAUGGCCCAGGUCGGAUCGCAAUUUACGUGUUUGACGUGCAAACUCAUAUUCACCUCCGGUGAACUUCAAAGAAACCAUUAUCGAUGCGAUUGGCACCGGUACAAUCUCAAAAGAAAGAGUGCAGCAUUACCAUCGGUAACCGCCGAGGAUUUCAUCGCCAAGGUAGCCGCUUCACAAAAGUUUAACCAGACCACUACUAAUGAGCGUGCCCAUUGCCCCGAUUGCAAAAAAUCAUUCAAUAGCGUGCAAACUUUGAAAAAUCACCUUAAUUCCAAAGCUCAUCGAAAGGAGGUAAAGAAAGCUUUUGUUUUAACUGAGAGCGAUGCGUCUGAGGAUUCGGGCCGGCGAACCUAUCGAAACGUGCCUCUACGAAUUCGUACGCCGGUUACCGAACGGAUAGACCCCGCCAAGCAAUUCAGUUCUAUUUCGGCUGAUAACGAGGAAGACUGGGAAGAUAUCGACGACGUCGAAGAGAAUGAGUCAUAUGAAGAAAUCGAUGGAGAACAGAAUUCGUCUUCGCCAGAGUUGUUGCCACCUGAACCCGAAUUAACUGACUGUAUUCCAAUCCAUGUAUGCCUGUUCUGUAACAAGGUGUCAAAAAAUAUGGAGAAAAACAUAGAACAUAUGGCAAUCAGUCACUCAUUCUUCGUUCCAGACGCUGAGUAUCUGAUAAACCCCGAAGGACUUCUCAUCUAUCUUGGUUACAAGAUCGGCGAAUUAAAAGUAUGCCUGCUUUGUGACAACGAUGAGAAGACGCCGUUCCGAUCGAUACUAGCGGUCCAGCAACACAUGAUCGACCUAGGACACACGAGCAUCUCCUUGGAUUCGCCACUAGAAUAUUCGAAUUUCUAUGACUAUAGUUCAACUCACCCUGAUGGCGCUGAUCCCGAUGAGGAAUUUGAUCCGGAGAUACUGUAUGAAAAUGAUGACUGGACGCUUCAAUUGCCAUCGGGCGCAUAUAUUGGUCAUCGAGCGCUCAUGAGGUAUUAUCGUCAACGCUAUUCGCACGAAACUGCUUCGACGAAUGGGCAACACUUAGUUGUUUUCGAAAAGUACAAAGCUCUCGGCUGGGCCAACGCGAUUACGACAAUGCAAGCCCGUAUGAAGGCCCGUGACCAGAAGGUCGAGCAGCGCCUGCUUGCCCGGAAAGAACUAGCGGUUAAACUCAAAGACCCGAUGAUGCGUCACCAGAAGAACAAAUUAAGCUACCGAUAAUAAAAUAGUUGUAGAAGUUAGCGUAUAUGCUAAUACUGUUGUUGUGUAAACCUUUAUUGAGAACUAGCGUUAACUAUUCAGUGAGGCGUUGAACAACCAUCAGGGAAUAUAUAUGUCUUGCGUAGAAUAAUUUUGAGCAAAGCGUAUAUAAUGUCGAAGAUCAUCAAAGUUGUUACUCUGUACAAUAAAUCUGCUACGAAUAUCAUAUAGCCCACUAUAAUAAUAAAAUGUUCUUAUUUUCAA